AUGUACAAAGAUGAAGAAAACAUCAGGAAAACGAUUGAUGCCAAUAAAGAGACAUGGACCACAGUUGUCAGAAAGGUUCCAUGCGAGAAUAGGGAUAUAAAAAGUGUGUUCAGACGUGGAAAAAUUAAAAAAGGAGAAAAUAGAAGACCUCUUUUGAAAAAAUUUCUUGAUGGAACACUGAAAAAAAGAGUUUUAGAAAAUUUAUCAAAACUCCGAAAUGCGGACAAAAAUUUUAGUAUGAUAUCGGUGACCCUCAAUAUGACAAACAGAAAGAGACCAAUGCCGAGAGCUAGUGAAGAAGUCAAAAAUUAG